UUCUCUUAAAACAAAGACGGUAUCUACUCAGCAUUCUCAGCAUUCUUCUGCGGAAUUUGGUUUUGAAAACAUACAGACUCAGACUCUCGUUUUUACACAGGAUUGAGCCUCUCAGUGUUCAUGACAUUAAUUUCAACAUUGUCAACUUAUGGAAAAGGUUUCCCAUACAGAAUGAGUGUUCCAAACCAAAUCCUCUCAGUGCUGUUAAGAUUAAGGCUUGCACUCACAUUCGAAGACAUCGGCAGACGUUUUGGUGUGUCUCACCAACUCAUGAGUAAUGUUUUUAAGUCAUGGAUCAAUGUAAUGUCCCAACAUCUGUCACAUUGUGUGGUAUGGUUGCCCAGAGAUACUAUUCGAAGAACAUUACCAAAUUCCUUCAAAACAUCAUUUCCAAAGACAACCUGCAUAAUAGACUGUUCUGAAAUUUUUAUUCAAAGGCCAUUUUCAUUAAAAGCAAGGGCUCAGACUUGGAGUACAUAUAAAAGUAAUAACACUGCCAAAUUUCUGAUUGCGAUAGCUCCAAGUGGAUUUAUAAUGUACAUCUCACCAUUGUAUGGUGGACGGGCAAGUGACAAUUUCAUCACUAAAAAUUGUGGAUUUUUGGACUAUUUGCUGCCUGGAGAUGAAGUAAUGGCUGAUCGUGGUUUCACAAUAGGUGAGGAUAUGUGUAGCCGUCGAGUCAAACUGAAUAUUCCUGCAUUUAUGAAGGGUCGGUCGCAGCUAUCCGAACAGGAGACCAUUGACUCUAGAAGGAUUGCGGCUGAAAGAAUUCAUGUUGAGCGCGCUAUCAUGCGAAUGAAGUCUUUUAGACUGUUGAACACUAAAUACAGUAUAAAAACAUUACAUAAUGCAGAUAAAACUGUCCGUGUAGUUGCAGCUUUGUGCAACAUGAGAGAUUCAUUAAUACGGGAUGAUGUUGUUGACUAGACAAAGAUCUGUGUAUACAUGUAGUUUAA